CUGAUUUACAAACUAAAGGGGUUAAAUGGAAUUUUACUCCACCAGUAAAUAUAGAAGAUUCUACACAAUCCCGGUAAACACGCCUCCACUCUCCAUUGAUACUAUCGAGAAAUUAGGAUAGAAAAAACUGGAACAAAAUAUCAAAAUCAAAACCACCAUUCCAUUUAGCUUGAAGAAUCGAAGAAAAAUUGAAGAACCAAGUCAUUGUUGCAGAGAAAAAAAAAUCGAACAAGGUGAGUUCAGUUUUUAUAUACUUGCAGAAUCUUUAAUGUUUCGAAUAAAUUAAAGAACCAACAACAUUUAAAAUGUUCUGUAGUUUAUAGAUCUGUAAAAUAUAAGGUUUUUAACAAAAAAAAAUGGAUUAGGAUUUACUCACUCUUGCUUUGUAAUUCGAAACUUAGUUGAGAAUCCUAGUAGAAACAAGAAAUGCCUUUUAUGUCGUAGUUGCUUUAUUAAAUUUACAGUAGAUUAAAAACGGCGAUAGUUAGAUUCCUAAUGAAAGUUUCGAAAUUUUUAAUACAGUAUUGCCCCUUUUGUAUUUUUUGUAAAGAUGGUCCCCCCAUCACCAAUGUUUUCUUUUGUUGUUGUUGCUUUACUGAAUUUACAAUAGCAUAAUAAGGGUCCCAGUUAGAUUUCUAAUGGAAGAAUCAAAAUUAAUAAUAUAGUAUUCCCCUUUUUCUAUUUUUCGUGAAGAUGCACACCAACCCAUAUUGUAUUCUACUGUAUUCGAAAAGCCAAAAAAAUUUAGAGUCCAAAUUCUACUGUAUUCGAAAAGCCAAAAAAUUAAACAAUAAAAAAUUCUACUGUAUUCGAAAUUAUCUUAUAACUAACCCAUAUUUAUUUUUGUGCAUAAACAAAAAAACGCAAUCUGAAAUGGUGUUGCUGCACAGAUGACAACAAAGAAGGGGAAGCAGAAAAUUUUACAAGUUCAUGGAAACAAUAAGAAGAAAAAAACAGCAAUGGAUACAAGAGAACCAAAUGAAGAUGACGAUUUCAUGGAUAGUCCCCCACUUCUUUCACAUGGAGGCAAAAAAGAUGAUAGUACAAAGAAAUGCAGUACCAAGAAAAAAAAGAAAACUGUUGACAGGAGUAUAGCAUCAACAUCCGGAGAGAAGGAUGAAGAGAAUGUUAAAAAGAAACGUCGUCGGCAAAAAAAUCCAAAAGGUGUGAAAUGCAAGAGAAGAUGCCUGCGUAAAGUUUAUGAUGACAAAAAUGAAGAAGCAAAUGGAAACAGCGAAGAAGGGAACAAUGAGGAUGACGAAAAAUACCCAAAACUCAACACUCGAAGCACGCCGGCUGCCUUCUACAAGAAGCUGCGUGAGUUGAAUGAUGCACAGCGCAGAGCCAUUGAAGCAAUAGGAUUUGGAAAGAUAUUGCAACUCACAAUAAAAGAUGUGCCUUCAAAAUUGGCGUAUUGGGUAUUAGACAGGUAUGAUUCUCGAAGUGGAGUACUUGAAAUAGAUGGAACAUGCAAGGUGAAGAUUGAAGAGGAUGAUGUCUACCGGGUAUUCGGCUUUCCAAAAGGUGCUAAAAAAAUUGAUGUAUUCGAAAGGACAGCAGUGAACGAAUUAUUCAACGAAUGGAUGGGAUUCUUCCAAUGUGUUGAAAAACUGCCCUACAUAAGGUUUGAUGUUGUCAGGACACACCGGAAAACAUAAAUCAAAAGGUUCACCAUAA